ACUGCUAAAAGCACAAUGAGUGCAUCUUUAAGGAUUACAGCCACGCUCUAGUUCCACCAGUUUUUGUCUCUCCAGCAGUCAUGAUCCUAAGCAUUGCCCUCAUUUGGGCCAUAGUUGUUGGGCUAUGUUGUUGUCUUUGGCUUGUCACAGGAAUACGCAGCAGACAACCUGGGGAACCUCCAGUAGAAAAUGGCUGGAUUCCUUACCUCGGAUGUGCUCUUCAAUUCGGGGCCAAUCCUUUAGAGUUCCUUCGGAGUAGACAGAGAAAAUACGGUCAUAUUUUUACAUGCAAGAUCGCUGGGCAGUAUGUCCAUUUCCUUUGUGAUCCAUUCUCCUACCACGCCGUCAUCCGCCAGGGAAGGCAUCUGGACUGGAAGAAAUUUCACUUUGAUGCCUCUGCGAAGGCAUUUGGUCACGAGAGCUUGGAUCCCAGUCAGGGUUACACCACCGAGAACAUCCAUCAUACCUUCCUAAAGACCCUGCAAGGGGAGGCAUUGUCUCCUCUCAUUAAGACCAUGAUGGAAAACCUACAGAGCACCAUGCUGCAGCCAGGUGUGCUCAAAGCCAAACCCUCUGAGUGGCAGAGUGAUGGUAUUUUUGCCUACUGCUACAAGAUCAUGUUUGAAGCAGGCUACCUGACCCUCUUUGGACAGGAAUUGGAUGGAGACCAGAGCAUUGCACGGCAACAGGCCCAAAAAGCUCUGGUGCUCAAUGCAUUGGAGAACUUUAAAGAGUUUGAUAAGAUCUUUCCUGCUCUGAUCGCCGGUCUCCCCAUUCACGUUUUCAAGAGUGCCUACAGCGCUCGCGAAAACCUCGCCAAGACGAUGCUCCACGAGAACCUCAGCAAGCGCGCCAAUGUGUCUGACCUCAUAUGCUUGCGCAUGCUCUUGAACGACACAUUGUCUAAUUUCAAUGAGCUGAGCAAAGCCAGGACUCAUGUGGCCAUGCUGUGGGCUUCACAAGCCAACACCUUGCCUGCAACCUUCUGGACCUUGUUCUACAUGAUCAGGUCGCCUGCAGCCAUGAAAGCUGCUAGCGAGGAAGUGAGGCGAACAUUUGAAAAUUCUUAUCAGCAAGUCGAUCCCAUGAAUUCUCGACUUGUACUAACAAGGGAACAGUUGGACAACAUGCCAAUUCUAGACAGUAUCAUUAAAGAGGCGAUGAGGCUGUCCAGUGCAUCCCUGAAUGUGAGAAUAGCCAAGAGCAAUUUCCUUCUUCACCUGGACAACAACGAGUCUUACCACAUCCGGAAAGAUGAUGUAAUAGCUCUGUACCCCCCGAUGAUUCACUUCGAUCCUGAGAUCUAUGAAGAUCCUCUGACAUAUAAGUAUGAUAGAUACCUCGACGAGAAUGGACAAGAGAAGACCAGCUUUUACCGAAACGGACGCAAACUUCGUUACUACUACAUGCCUUUCGGCUCUGGGGUGACCAAGUGUCCUGGCCGCUUCUUUGCCGUGCAUGAGAUCAAGCAGUUCCUGUCUCUGUUGCUAGCGUACUUUGAAAUGGAACUUUUAGACCCUGAUGUGAAAGAACCGCCGCUGGACCAGUCUCGAGCCGGACUGGGUGUUUUGCAGCCCACCUAUGAUGUUGACUUUCGAUACAGACUCAAAUCUCACUAGGAAUCUCACACUUAUUUAUUGACUGUUGACUUAAACUGUAAAUAAUGUAUAUUUUGCAUCAUGACAAAUGUGAAUAGGUUUCAAUUGUGUUUUCUUUCUACUCAGGUUGAUUUGAGACAGGUCUCCUUUUAAAAAAAUUCAGUAACAUUUACUGCACUUAUGCUAUGUUUAUACAUAGUAUUCUUCUUGGUUCUUAAAAUAUCUGGCAGUAUUCUUGUACUUUCUUAGAAAAUAAUAAUCACUGGUGGUUCACCGUUUUUGUAAAAUGAUAUGUACUUUAUAAUUGUAAGUGAAUUUUACUCUGAAUGUACAGUGUAAAUUUUUAAACAAAAGGUGCUUAAAGGUGCUGUAAGCAAUUUUAUAUGGAAUUAAAUGCAGAAAAC